AUGACUAUGGCUAAUGAUUUGGGAUACUCAGCAGCUAUGUCUUCCUCUUUUUCAGCUCUGCAUACUUCUGGAGAAGACAGAUACCCUAACUCUUUCUGGGGUUCAUCAGGGCAGGAACUGAUGAACAACCCUGUGGUCUCUGGUGGCAACUCUGGUGGGUAUAUGUUUCCUUCUCCUUCCGGAUUCUGCAAUGUUUCAGCUGUCUCAACUCAUGGAAAGAUUCCCCAAACGCAGCCACCUGUUUCCACCAUGCCACAGGAUUGUUUUUUGGAAGCACAACCCUUGUCAUUGAUUAAUCAUCAUAACCUUCCAGAGUUUUCAGAUCCACUUGAAGACUUCUUUGAUUUUUCUGACCAUGUUCCUGCUCUGAAUCCACAAGCAGAGAGUAGUGGAGUGAAGAUGGGCUCAUCAGUGGAGCUUCAUGAGAAAAGCGAGUGGCAAAGUUGGGCAGAUCAGUUGAUGUCUGUUGACAAUGGUUCAGAGCCGAACUGGUCUGAACUUCUUGGAGAUCCAAAACCACAGAUACCAACACCAUCUUUGGAUGUACCAAGGCAAGAGAUAGUAGUAGCCAACCAGCAGCAGCAGCAGCAGGUGGUUUCGUUGGAGGAGCAGCUGAACUCAUCAGCUAGUGCAGCAACAACUAAACAGCGGAUGCGUUGGACACCAGAACUUCAUGAGGCGUUUGUUGAAGCUGUUAAUCAGCUUGGUGGUAGUGAACGAGCCACGCCUAAGGCUGUUUUGAAGCUCUUGAAUAACCCUAUCUUGACCAUUUAUCAUGUCAAAAGCCAUUUGCAGGUUUGUUCUUACCCAUGUGUUUGUUUCUCAUUUUGUACUAUCUUUAUACUAAACUCUUUUUUUUUUUUACAGAAAUACAGGACGGCAAGGUAUAAACCUGAGACUUCAGAAGCUACAGGAGAACCUCAAGAAAAGAAGAUGACAUCUAUUGAAGAUAUCAAAUCUCUUGACAUGAAAACGAGCGUUGAGAUCACACAAGCUCUAAGGUUACAGAUGGAAGUUCAGAAACGUCUCCAUGAGCAGCUCGAGAAUCAACGGGCGCUGCAGUUGCAGAUUGAGAAACAGGGACGACAGCUACAGAUGAUGUUUGAGAAACAACAGAAGUUAGAAGAGAAGAAGAGCUCUUCCUCAUCAAAGCAAUGCAACGGCGCAUCUGCAGAAGCUGAAUCUGGUGUUGUGACACAAACAGAGGACCAAAGUGAAUCUGCUGCUGCUUCAGUAUCAAGGAAACGGGCCAGAGAAGAUUAG